GUGCCGUGCGUGAGCGAGUGAACGCGCGUGCGUGCGUGCGCGCGCGCGUGUGUGUGUGUCGCUGACCAGCACGCUCAUUGGUCGCCGACUUUGCAACACACACACGCACAGACACACACACAGACACACACGCAAGCGAGCGCAGCGCUGUUUUACGCUCGGGGGUGUGGCUGUUACACCACCAGCAAGUGACGCCGCCGAUUUUCGCUCGACUUCCGCGUCUUUAAAAUGAUCUUGACAAAGCGCUCCUCCUCUGUCUUUGAUAUCGGCCCGCCUACCGAAAACAAGCGACCGCUCGUCAGUGCAGCCGCAAAGUAUCGCAAAGUUCCACGUGGAGUGCGCUGCGGGCGCGUUAAAAGCCGACGUUCCGGGAGGCAGGAUGCGAAUGCGUUCAGAGGAGUGAUGCGCUACCAUGCGUACAGCCCCUGUCUGGUGAGCGCUCCUCAGCCCAAAAGGCGCCGGGUUGACAUCGGCGUCAGGAGGACGCGACCGAGACAACCACAACAACAACAACAACAGCAGCAGCAGCAGCGGCGGCAGCGACAGCUUCUGAUAGACAAACCAGAGGGCAGCAGCAGCAGGAGGAGCAGCAGCAGCAGGAGAACAGCGGUGGAAGUGAGCAGGCUCGGCUCUCUGGACUCGGCUCUCCUCGGAGCGACGCGGCUCUUGCCCGCGGGCAUGAGCACGCGGAGCCCGCAGGGAGACGAGGAGCAUAGCGACCGCUUCGUGCUGCCCGGCGGCGGUGGCGGAGAGGGCACCACAGUGCUUCGGAAUCUACUCAAGAAGGGGGCAGCGGCGGCGGCGGCGGCAAGCGUCAUGUUCGAGGAGCCACCUCAGGCGCCGUCCUACGGCCAGGGUUCACUUUACUCGCAACUGCUGCACAACGGCGUGCCGCACAACGGCUUCGGCGUCAGACCGUCGAGCGCAAGCGUCGCGGGAGUGAGCGGAGUUGGUGGCGGCGUUGGUGGCUUCAGACCGCCCAGCGUGACCGAGUCGAAUUCGGACGACAAUCGCAGCGACUCGUCGGGCGACUCCUCGUGCCCGCGCGAGAGAGCGGCUCCGCCCGGCUGCUCCGUGCAGUCGGGCAGCAGCGGCGGCGGCGGAGGCGGGCCCGGCCACCACGGGCACGACCUCCAGGCCAAGCGGGCCCGCGUUGAGAACAUCAUCCGCAGCAUGAACGCGCGCAGCGGGGAGCCCGAGAGGGGUGACCGACCCACGAGCCCCCGGGGGAACAAACGCAAGCAGCGGCUGCCCCUGCAACAGGCGGGCGGGGAGGCAGAGGGGCAGCCCGCGGGUAACCCGGGAGUCGUUGGGGAGCAAGGAGUUCCUCGUCUUCAUCAUCAUCAGCAGCAGCAGCAGCUUCAUCAUCAUCUGCAAAAGUUGCAGCAGGGAGACGAGGAUGAGCACGGGGAGCACGAGAAGGAGGAGAUGGACGACUUGGCGCUCUCGCAGUUGCCCGCGAGGCUGCAGGUGAAACGGGAGGAGAGACGGCGGCUGAAGCGGCAGCUGGAGGAGAUGCAGAGACAGCUACGACGCCUGCGUCAGCAGUUCUCGUUCGCCUACGACGACAGUGAAGAGUCGGGGGAAGAGGAGCGGGGCGACGAGGCGGACAAAGACGGGGGAGGUGCGGAGAGAGACAAAGAAGACGAGGAGAUGGAGGAGGAAGGACAAGGUGGUGGUGGUGGAGGAGGAGGUGGUGGAGUUGGUGGUGGUGGAGGAGGUGGUGGUGGAGGUGGUGGAGGUGGUGGAGGUGGUGGAGAGGGUGAUGACGAUGUUGCGGAGGACAGCUGCUCUGAACGCGCGGGGAGCACUGGGGUCGCCCCGCGCUCCGUGGCCGAAUCCUCUGACAACGAGAUGAUGGAUGACUCGGAGACAGCCGCGAGCUACCGUCGGCAGCGACUGCAGGACGUCCCAAAUCUUCAUCCACAUCUUCAUCAGCAGCAACAGCAGCUCCUCCUCCAGCCAGAACAUAUGGACGACGACCUCGACGCACGCUACGACGACCACGACGACGACAUCUCGGCGCCCUUCGGCCGUCGGUCCAGCGUGAACGACGCUGACAAGGACCUUCAGGAGAUGCAGGUGGACGAGCGGCACGGUCAGCCCAUUGAGCAACAGCAGCAGCAGCAGCAUCAGCAGCCAGCACGGGCCCAUGCGGACAAGGAGCGCGGAGAGGAGUUGGCUCACGCCCUGAAACACGAACUCUCCAGGGCGGUCGCGCACGUGGUGGACGUCGUGGUGAAGACCUUCUCGCCGCGUCCCGGGGUCCCGUCCGGCGGGGCGAGUUCUUCCCCGUCAAUGAACGUCGUCGUGGCCGCAUCGACCUCCACCUCCUCCUCGACGGAGCGAGCGGUGGAACAUCACCACCCGCUGCGCCUUUCCGCGUUGUCCGGCUCCAGCAGCAGCAGCAGCACCGCCACCACCGCCACCACCACCACCACGGCCAUCACCUCCAACAUCGCCAGCGGCAGCAAUAGCCACCCAACCAUCACGGCUAUCAACACGACCAACGCCAACAGCACCGCCACCACCGCUGGCACCGCCGCCGUCAACAACACCAGCAUCACCGCCACGUCCGCAUUAACGACCUCGUUUUCAUCCUCGUCUUCAUCCUCCUCCUCGUCUUCGUCGUCGUUGUCGUCGAACGGCGGAGAGGCGAGCAGAAGCGCGCUGCAGCGCGGCCUGACUCAGCCGUACGGCGGCGGUGGCUUCAGUGAGGCACACAUGGGCAGCAGCAGCAGCAGAACGCGAGCCCCGCUCACCUCCACGGACCAAACCGAGGCGCUGCCCCUCGUUGUGCGCAAGACCUCACCUCCUGCUGCUGCUGCUGCUGCUGCUGCCGCCACCGCUGCCGACCACCACCUCCACAACCUCCAUAGCCACCACCACCACCUUCAGCAGCAGCAGCAGCAGCAACAGCAGCACCACCACCACCUUCAGCAGCAGCAGCAACAACAACAGCAGCACCACCACCACCAGCAGCAACAACAUCAACAGCAUCAGGCUGCGGCGAUCUCCGCCAACCAGAUAGCGUUCCCGACUCACGGACUUGCGCUCGGCAUGCCGCCGCCACCGCACUUGGGACCGCACCUCGGUCUGCCCGGCCACCACCCGGCCCUGUCGCCGCACGCCUUGCCGCACAUCCCGCAGAUGGCGUACUUUUUGCACAGCAGCCUGGCCGCUGCCGCCGCGGCCGGCGUCGGCAUGGCCACGCGAGGCGACCAGCGGGUGUCGUCGGCCGAGCAGGUGGUGCUCUUAGAGGCGGCCGCAGCGGCGGUGGCACGCGAUCAGUCGGUGCGGCCACGCGGCAAGGUGUCGUCGCUGGGCCCUCUCCACCACCAUCACCACCACCACCACAACAAUAACAGCAACAACCCGCAUCACCAUCACCACCACCAGCAGCAGCAGCAGCAGCAGCACCACCACCACCAGCAACACCACCACCACCAGCAGCAGCAGCAUCAUCACCUCCACGUGCCCGCCCAAGCGUUCGGCUCCCGCUCGUGCUCACCGCCGACUCACGGUCUGUCGCUGUCCAUGGUGAAGGCGGAGAGCGGAGAUCUGCCCGACACGCCAGAUAUGUCGCCUUACUCCGCGGCCACGAUCCAGGAUGGGCUCACACCCACGCACCUCAAGAAGGCAAAGCUCAUCUUCUUCUACACUCGCUACCCCAGCUCCAACAUACUCAAGCUCUACUUUCCCGACGUCAAGUUCAACCGGUGCAUCACGUCGCAGCUCAUCAAGUGGUUCAGCAACUUCCGCGAGUUCUACUACAUCCAGAUGGAGAAGUUUGCUCGGCAGUCGCUGGCCGACGGUGUGUCCAACCCCGAGGAGCUGACGGUUACCCGCGACUCGGAGCUCUUCCGUGCGCUCAACCUCCACUACAACAAGGCCAACGACUUUCAGGUCCCUGAGCGUUUCCUGGAGGUGGCGGAGAUCACCCUACGCGAGUUUUUCUCCGCGAUCCAGGCAGGUAAGGACGUCGACCCAUCGUGGAAGAAGGCCAUCUACAAGGUCAUCUGCAAGCUGGACGCCGAGGUGCCCGAGGCUUUCCGUUCCCCGAGCUGCCUUCACGAGCUUUCUGGGCGACUGAGACAAAUGAGCUUUUUCCAUCCGCGGAAAACGACUCCACCACCGCCGCCGCCGUCGCCACCACCGCCACCGCUACCGCUGCCACCACAGCCGCCUCGUAUUAUCUCCCGACGCGACCACCAACAGCCCGGCAAGCGGAGCCUCUUUUUGAUGACACGGAGGGGGAAACUGGUCGUCGAAGCCGAUGGAAGAUCGGAAGACGUUUGUGAAGGCCUCUGCAAGGUCGGGGCACCUCGUGCCCCAGCGGGGGGGGGGGGGGGGGGCUUCGAGGGUGGGGGAGACUCUGGCCCCCACUGCGAGGCGGUUCCAGCACUACCGAUGGACUUGACUCACGUUUGCGGGGGUUCUUGAUGAGAAUAAAUAUAAAUUAAUAAUUUCUUCGGGUUUUGUGUUUCUCCCCCAUGCCCCCGC